CCCUCCCUAAACGUGCAUUGGCGCGCUGUGCGUGCAUCCUUACGUCGGGUCCCCGGUCCUCUCUCCGUUAGCCUCGGCAAGACUGGCGAAAAUAUGGCGGGUAUGAACGCGUCGGGUCCCGGCCCGGUUUCGACUCUCGACCAGGUCGAUAAAGGACUGAAGGAGACUCUUAUAGACGCGCUAAACGCCAUUCUGUCGCCGGUGCAAGAAGUGCGUUCUGCAGCGGAGGAGCGCAUUAAAGUGUUGGAAGUGACGGAGGAGUUUGGCGUUCACCUUGCAGAGCUCACUGUCGACCCACACGGAGCACUUGCUAUUCGCCAAUUGGCCUCUGUCAUUCUGAAGCAGUAUGUUGAGACACACUGGUGUGCCCAGUCAGAGAAAUACAGGCCCCCAGAGACGACUGAAUGGGCCAAAGCUGCGAUCCGUGAGCUUCUCCCAAGUGGUUUGCGGGAGGCCAUCAGUAAGGUGCGCUCCAGCGUGGCCUACGCAGUGUCUGCUAUUGCACACUGGGACUGGCCUGAAGCUUGGCCUGGGCUCUUCAAGCUCCUCAUGGACAUGCUGGCCAGUGGGGAUGUUAACGCUGUACACGGCGCCAUGAGGGUCCUCACAGAAUUUACCCGAGAGGUGACUGAUGUACAGAUGCCGGAUGUUGCACCUGUCAUUUUGCCUCAAAUGUACAAGAUUUUUACCAUGGCAGAGGUUUACAGUAUUCGCACUCGAUCCAGAGCAGUUGAGAUCUUUACCACAUGUGCUAAUCUCAUCUGUGCGAUUGAUGAAGUUGCAAAGGGUGCUGCCAACACUCUGAUCUUCCCGGUGGUGCAGCAGUUCACUGAGGCCUUCAUACAGGCCCUGCAGAUUCCAGAUGGUCCCACUUCAGAUAGUGGUCUGAAGAUGGAAGUGCUAAAGGCAGUGACGGCUCUUGUGAAAAACUUCCCCAAACCCAUGGUGUCCUCCAUGCAACAGAUUCUACCUAUCGUAUGGAACACCUUGACAGAAAGUGCCUGCACUUAUGUGAGAACUGAGGUCAACUACACAGAAGAAGUAGACGAUCCAAUUGACUCAGAUGGUGAGGUCCUUGGCUUUGAGAACCUCGUCUUCAGCAUCUUCGAGUUUGUCCACACGCUGCUGGAGAACAAGAAGUUCAAGAGCACAGUGAAGAAAGCCCUACCAGAGCUCAUAUAUUACAUCAUCCUCUACAUGCAGAUCACGGAGGAUCAGAUCAAGGUAUGGACAGCCAAUCCACAGCAGUUUGUUGAAGAUGAGGAUGAUGACACAUUCUCUUAUUCAGUCCGGAUAUCUGCUCAGGAUUUGUUGCUGGCUGUUGCUGCUGAGUUUCAGAACGAGAGCGCUGCUGCUUUAGCCGCGGCUGCAACACGGCACCUACAAGAGGCAGAGCAAGCCAAGAACACAGGCAGUGAACACUGGUGGAAGGUGCAUGAGGCUUGCAUGCUGGCCCUGGGGUCAGUCAAGACCAUCAUCACUGAGAAUGUGAAAAACGGUCGUGUGCAUUUCGAUAUGCAUGGAUUCCUUGCCAAUGUCAUUCUUGCUGACCUCAAUUUACCAGCAGCCUCUCCAUUCCUCUUGGGUCGGGCCUUAUGGGCAGCCAGUCGCUUCACUGCAGCAAUGUCCCCAGAGCUCAUUCAGCAGUUCCUCCAGGCCACUGUGAGUGGUCUACAUGAGAGCCAGCCACCCUCUGUCCGGAUCUCUGCUGUGAGAGCCAUCUGGGGGUACUGUGAUCAACUCAAGUUGUCGGAGAGUACUCACGUCCUGCAGCCCUUCCUGCCCAGUGUCUUGGAAGGGCUGGUGCAGCUCGCGGCUCAGUUCAGCUCUGAAGUUCUCACUUUAGUCAUGGAAACCCUCUGUAUUGUUUGCACCGUGGAUCCGGCUUUCACCACGAGUGCUGAGAACAAGAUCUGCCCACUCACUAUUGCCAUCUUCCUUAAGUACAGUAAUGAUCCUGUUGUAGCGUCUUUAGCGCAGGACAUCUUCAAAGAGCUUGCCCAGAUUGAAGCCUGCCAAGGACCCAUGCAAAUGCGCCUCAUUCCUACUCUUGUUAGCAUUAUGCAGGCACCGCCUGAUAAAAUCCCAUCUGGCCUUUGUUCUACAUCCAUAGAUAUCCUAACAACGGUUGUUCGUAACACUAAUCCCCCGCUGACUGACAUGCUGGUGUGCCAAGCUUUUCCUGCAGUGGCCCAAUGCACUCUCCGCACAGAUGACAACACCACAAUGCAGAAUGGCGGUGAAUGCUUAAGGGCCUAUGUGUCUGUGGCGCUGGAGCAGAUUGCCCAGUGGCAAGAUGAGCAAGGCCACAGUGGCCUGUGGUAUGUCAUGCAGGUUGUCAGUCAGCUCCUGGACCCCCGCACAUCCGAGUUCACCGCUGCUUUUGUAGGUCGUCUGGUGUCCACUCUUAUUACCCGUGCUGGCACUCAGUUGGCUGACCAGCUGGACCAAAUACUCCGUGCUAUUCUCAGCAAGAUGCAGCAGGCCGAGACCCUCAGUGUGAUGCAGUCCCUGAUCAUGGUUUUUGCCCACCUGGUCCAUUCCCAGUUGGAGCCCCUGCUGGAAUUCCUAUGCAGUCUUCCAGGUCCCACAGGAAAACCUGCCCUAGAGUUUGUCAUGGCUGAGUGGAUGAGUCGCCAACAUCUGUUCUAUGGCCAGUAUGAAGGCAAAGUCAGUGCUGUUGCCUUGUGUAAACUUCUCCAGCACAGUCUGAAUACAAAUGACAAGCGCCUCCAAGAUAUAGUUGUCAAAGGAGAUGAAAUUUUUAAUCCAGACGAGGGAAUCUGUACACGUUCCAAAUCAGCCAAGAACCCACAGCGGUGGACCAACAUUCCUUUGCUGGUAAAGAUCUUUAAACUCAUAGUCAAUGAACUGUCUUCUGUGGUGGAGGCUAAUGCAAAUAGAGCAAAUCCUGGAGACUGGAGCCAAGACUCUGGUGGAAUGUGGGAUGAUCUGGCUGAGGAUGAGGAGGAGGAAGAUGAAGGAUUAGCAGGACAGCUUCUGUCUGAUCUCAUUGCCUCCAACAAAUACGACGAUGAUUAUUAUGAGGAUGAUGAUGAGGACGAUCCAGAUGCUCUAAAGGAUCCCAUAUAUCAAAUUGACCUUCAGGCAAGUUAUUUGGCAUCGACUCUAAAGUAUUACUGUAACCAGACCUCAUAUCUUCAUUGAUCUUGUCUCCAUGUUCUUGUUCCACAGGCCUAUCUGACAGAUUUCCUUACCCAGUUUGCUCAGCAGCCUUGCUAUAGCAUGUUUUCAAGCCACUUAAAUGAGGUAGAGAGAAGAGCCUUGCAGUCCAUCGGUAUAUGACCUGUAUACCCAACAUCAGCUCCUUGUCCUUUGUUUUCGUCUUUACCACGGAGUCAUCUUUUCUUAAAACUUGGAACAUUUGAGUGGACUCGGAAUGCCUUUCGGACAACGUUCUUGAUCCACAACCCAAAAGAGGACUUAAAGGUUUACAUGCCUCUCCCUGUGUUUUAUAAAGGGAAGGAAUGGACAAUGAUUCCCGGGGAUGUUAUAAGAGCAGGGUGUGAGGGGCACACAGACAGGACUGUGUGCAUUUGCAUCGGAUGUCAAAACACUACUGUGCUUUGAUAGACCUGUCUAGAUUGAUGAAUGUUUUUUUGCAAAGGGACUGGUAACAUUAUAGGAAUGAUUUAAAAAUAUCAACUGUCCAUUUGUACCUUCUCACUUUACUUAUUCAUGAUGUUAAAAAUCUUUCUGUGGAGGAAUGAAAAAGACUUCUGACAGAUGAUGAAUCUACACUUUGAAAAUAAGUUGGAACUGUUGGCGGCCUUAUUAAAGUUCUCCAUGUUUGUCAUUA